AAGAGGGUGAGGAACCCGCGCGGGGGGAUAACAAGUGGAAUUUCGCUUUAAGAGGAUUAUCACGGUCGUUAGCCAUCCACCGGCUCUGCCAGCGGAUGCCGGUUGGUCACUUGGAAACACAGCACACCUCCACGCUGUGUCACACACACAAAACGGGUCACACUCAGUCUGCGGCCAAACUGGUGUUGUUUUGACCCAGUGAUAGAUGUAAAUGACAAGCUGCCGCCUCCAGGAUGGUCUGUGUUAGUCGUCACCUCCUUGGAGCGCACCGGAGAUCCGUCUGCACCGGAGAACGGUUUCCUGAGUGGGUUUGUUUGACCGCUUGAGACAUGAAGACCCGACCUACGGGAAUCGGCACUGUCAAUGCCGAUUGGAUGGGUGUCCUUCCAUCCAAGCUCAGUGCCAUGCCUCUCAAACACCUCGCUGUGCCAGGCUCCCAUGAUUCCUUCACUUUCUGGGUGGAUGUGGAGGCUCCUGUGGGUCCUGAUCAGAAGGUGUACGUCCAGUACCUGGCUACCAUGUUCAGCGCCUUUGCCAAGAAAGUCAUGGUGAAGUGGUCUAUGACCCAGAACAUGUCAUUCAGGGAACAGCUGGAUGCAGGAAUUCGCUACUUUGACCUUAGGAUUUCAUCCAAACCAGGCGAACCUGGGAUAGAAGUCUUCUUCAUUCAUGGCCUCUUUGGACACAAGGUGAGAGACGGCCUUUUAGAAAUCAGCUCUUUCUUAUCAAGACACAAGAAAGAGGUAGUGUUCCUAGACUUCAAUCACUUCUAUGCAAUGGAUGCAGAGCACCAUGCGUACCUUAUCAACAUGCUUCAGGAGGUGUUUGGCAGCAGGCUGUGUAACGACUGUGCUGUGGAGAGCAUAACACUGGACUACCUCUGGGAGAAGAAGUACCAGGUGAUAGUGUUUUACCAUCAUACCUCAGGUCAGGGUGUACCUGUCAUGUGGCCUGGCAGUAAGAUCCCCGCUCCCUGGGCAAACACAACUGAACCAGACAAGCUCAUGCAGUUUUUGGAUACCACUUUGAAGGAGAGAAAUAAACAAGGCUCUUUCCACGUGUCCCAGGCCAUCCUCACACCCAGAGUCAACACUGUGGCCAAAGGGCUGCUCUGGGGCCUACGCAGCUACCUGGUGGAGAAAAACCUGCCAACCAUCAUGUCCUGGGUUGCGGCUCAGAAACCUGGUGUGGACGGGGUUAACAUCGUCACCUCUGACUUUGUGGAUCUCACAGACUUUGCCAGCAUUGUCAUCAAACUCAACAACUUACUAUUGUCAGACCAGGACCAAAAACGAAGAUGACACAUGUUUGCACCACAAGGACGAAGCGUGCUUGCCCAGAGCGUGAUGGAAAAUAGAAGACAGAUGGAAGAAUUUUCUGCUACAGUUAAUAUAGUUCUCACAGAAUACUGGAGGAAAAAGAGUUUAUUAAAAUAAGCUUACAGCAUAUUAACUAUUACAUUAGUGACAACAUUCAGCUAACAUUGUCAUACUUGCUUUAGCAGUUGGAUACAAACAGACUUUGUAUGAGGUUAGAAUUCAAUGACAUAAAGCCUUUAAACUUUCCAGGAACACAUCAGCUCAGUAUUUUUAACACCAGUGUUUUGGUUAAAGCCGACUUUUCCAGCCCAAAUAUCAUGCACAGUCAAAAAGUGGAAAAGACAGGUUCCCAGAUCAAACACUAGCACCACUGCCCUGUGGCAUUGUUUCACCGUUUUCAUAAGGUAGACCAAAUCCUGUCAUAACACACAGCUCAGGUCUCAUUUUAGGAUUCAGGUUUUUUACAUUUCCAUCUGGUGGGAAGUGGAAAAGUCAUAUUCCACUCCUGAGAUGACCCUGAAGCACAGGUCACCCUACAAAAAGUGACCUGUUUUCAUGUCUAUGAUGAUCAUGUGUCAGAUGGUUUGUAUUUGUUCUUUGAUAUUAUAAUCCUUCCAUUGAUAUCUUCAUUUCUGUACUGAUACUUUAACUUAUUACAUUCCAGGCCUUGUCAGUAAUGGGCAAGAUCAUGCACAAAAUUUAGUUUUUUAUAAUUCUGUGUAUACUGUAUAUAGAAAUAUUUUAAUUCUAAGUUUCUAAGAAGUGUGCAGAUUAUAGGAAAAAUACUGAUAUGCUGCUAUUACUUCCAAAGUUAACCCUUAAAGACCAAACAUUUAAUCUUUCCUAAGAGAUUUAUCACUAUAUAUUAGCAUUUUCCUUUGAAAAGCAGGUAUUUCCCUGUGUUAAACAUUGUAGAAGUUCAUAAAAGCUCAGAGUAAAUCCAAAGGUUAUUAUUUAUAUAUUUACAUAUAAUAAAGAAACCUGUUGCAAAAGAGACAUUUUCAGGAAAAUAUAUUAUGAACUGAAUGUAAAAACAACCACUGUCAUUUGUGAAACAUGGGUUUAAUUGGUGAAUCACUACUGAAGCAGAUGAAGGUAUUUUCUACAUAUACUGCAGAACCUCUAACCCCCCCCCCAAAACAAAAAGGCAAAUCUGAUGCUGUUAAAAGCUGAGAAGCUGCAUUUUACAUGAAUUAUUGAAAUGUUUCUAUAUGAUUAGUGGGUCAGAAAUUAUUAAACAUUUUAGAUAAGUAGAUGCUUUUCAUUGCUGGAGGCUGUUUAGGUCUUUGAGGGUUAAACUGACAAGUAUACUGUAUGACAAGCAGGGGAUGUUGUUUACAAUUACACUUGUAAAUGUUGCUUAAAAGCUGUGUUUUUUCAAUUAUAAAAUAAGCAUGAGACAAAAA